GAGAGAAGCAGAGAAGGAGAAUUGAGGUCCGUGAACCGGAGGAAAUCCCCUCGUCCCCUCUCUUCUCUCAGAAGCAUCAAACAGAAGAAGAAUAAGAAGAAAAAUCAAACUCACCUAUACGCCGAGAGAGAGAGAGAGAGAGAGAGAGAGAGGAAAUGUCGAAGAAGAAAGCGAGUGGGAACACGAUGACUCUCAAGGACUUCCAUGGCGGCUCUAUCCCCACUGAUCUCCCUCUCCCCUCUGCUCCAGGCGUAAUUGUGAGGCCGUCGGAUCGUCCGGGUUACGAGCGCCCGAACGCGUGGGGAAACCCGAUGGGGAGACCCGACCACCGCACUCGGCCGCACUCGUCGCCUGCGACGAGGCAUUUCGACGAUAAGACUCCGUUUCUCGCACAUACCGUGCGCAUUGGCCGGAACUUCGACGAAGAUGAGCGGAAGCCCCUUGAUGGGGUCUCUGCCCCCCGCCGGACUGUCAGUGAUGAGAGCAUUCAGGUCCUGCCUGCCCGUGCUGAGCCAAAGCCUGAGUAUGGGGCAGUCGGGGGUUUAUCGGGUCGGCAGGGGAAUUCAUAUGCAGAGAAGGUCAACGAGGCGGCUUAUGCUGGGGUUGGUUCACAGAAUUUAGGUGGGAAUGGUGGGCAGGGAGUUGGUGGGGCUUAUCCGAAUGUGUGGGCGGUGAGGAAGGAGGCGGCGGGGGUUAGUGAACCGGUGCAACAAUCUGCCUGGUCUGGACCAACUGCUGUUUUGAAGUUGGCUCAUGCCAGCGCGCUUGAGAAGGUAUCUUCGGGUAGAUGGCAAUCGAAGCAUUCAUUCCAUUCUCAGGCAGAUAUUGAGGUUGUUAUGUCAUCCGAAACAGAGAGUGGCUUUCAGUCCAAGAGUUAUGUUAAUAGCAGCUAUGAUAGGGUGGAUGUUGUGGGUGUGAGAGAACAUUAUGACACAACAUUGGCGAGGCAGACGGAGAGGGUUCUGAAUGUUGAGGAUGGGGUUCGGGUUGCUAGGAAGGAGUUGCCAGAUUAUGGACGGGCUGGGGCUCCUAUGCAUUCAGAAGUAAAAGAGAGGAACCCGGCAAUUCUUAUAGAUAGGACUCAACUGGCUCAUAAUGAUGGAAAACUUGGUGGAUCUGAAUUGCAGCCCCCAGUGCCUCCAGAACCAUCAGAGCGACCUAAGUUGAAGUUGCUUCCAAGAACAAAGCCACUUGAAAGUUCAGAGCAGCCUGUUGUUGAUCAUACACAGGGGCAUCAACGGGUGAGUGACAUUGUUCAUGCUGAAACUGUUAAUGAAGCCUAUGCAAACACGAAUCCUGCAAAACCUAGCAUAGCUAGCAGUGACAGUGGGAAGCAGGCUGUGGAGCGUUCCAAAUUGAAUUUAAAGCCCAAGUUGAAUUUAAAGCCUCGGUCACAACCCGUUGAGCAAUCAGAAGGAAACAUUGAAAGAGAGAGGAAUGCAGUAUUUGGUGGUGCUCGCCCACGAGAACUGGUUCUGAAGGAGCGAGGGCUAGACGAUGUUGGGAUCAACCAUGACUUGGUUCAACAAUCUGAUAGGCAGAUUGAACAUAAUGUUCCCAGGACUGAAAGAGUUCAUGGGCAUGCAAUUCCUGCACAUUACAGUGAAAAAACGGAGAAUCCUCUUCUUGAUCAAAGGACUGGGAAGAGAUUGGAGAGGAAAGAUCAGCGGCAAGACACUGAGAGAGUUGAUAUGCAGAGGAGGAACUGGCGUAAUGAGAGCCGGAGGAAUAACAGAGAGCCCGAGAAGCAGCAGCAGCAGCAGGUAGAGAGGCCACCUUCACCCGAGACUUGGCGCAAACCAGUAGAGCAGCCAAAACCAGCCUCCCCUGACUCCAGUGGUCUGCGCUAUGGGAAAGCAGCUUCAGCCGUUGAGCUGGCUCAAGCAUACUCUAGAUCAGUCUCAGAUCCAAAGACAGCCGAUCGCUUUUCAGUCCAAAGGGGCCUUCCUAGCCGGACCCAAAUGCCUUUUUCACGGCUGAUGGGUCCAACCCCAAGACCUCAAAUUAAUGGUUACUGAAUGUUUGAGUGGUUUGGUUGGCAAUUGAUAAUCAUUGUGGUUAGAAGAAUGCGUGGUGAUAUAGCAUUUGGGUAUGUGCAAGCUGUGGAAGGACUUAGCAGUUCACCAGUGAUGCUUCCUGCACCUGAUUCUUUUUUCAGUUUCCUCUGGGAAAAUGAUUGUCAUACAAAAAAUAAUUACAAUAUGCUACCCCACGGGUGCCAUCUUCUCAUUACAAUUAGGCUUCUUAUUUUUAUUCCGUUUGGUUUUCUUUCAUUUUCUCCUUUGACAAAGCUGUGUUCCCCAUCUUUUUAGAGGAGAAAGUGUUCUGUCGUUGGCCUUUUAUUUGAGAGUUUAGGGCACUGUAGCAUGAGUUUACUACUACUAUAUGCAUUAAUUGUAGUAAUACCCUCUGGACGAUGGAUUUAGACCAUAAAAUGGAGAUAAACCUAUUCCCUAGAGGACUAAUGAUCUGGCCUUAUCAUUCGAUAAGAAGGAUCUUUUUGUUUUUU